CGUGCCGCGCGUGUGGGAUACACGAAUAACGAAGAAGAAAGUCGCAAACGCAGUUUCCACUUUCCAGGUAAUUGCGCGGCAAGUGAGAAGCAGGAACGUGUAAUUUUCCGAUGGACGUAAGUCAACGACGAAAGGGAUUGCCUUGCAAUUAAGCUAAAGCUUUUCGAUUUCGGCUUCCUGCUCUACCAUCUUUACUUGUUCAGCGAGUCUAGUACAGACAAAAUCUGAGGGUUUUUACAUUUGUUUUUGAGUCUGAGAUUUCUCUAUUUCGUUAAAUUUGUCAAGGGAAGAAGUAGAAAGAAGAAAGAAAAAUGGCCGAUUUCGUCGUGGAAGCUGUGGUCUCCGAGGCUCUGAAAUUUGUGAUUGCAGAGGCAAAGAAGUACAAAGACUACAAACCCUUGUCCAGGGAUCUCGUAUCAACGAUGGAUGAUUUGCUUCCUUUGGCCAGACAGAUCGAUUCGAUUCAAAACAAGCUGGACCUUGAUCCGGGGGAGCUCAAGGAACUCAGGGAUACGAUCGAAAGAGCUCGUGUACUGGUUCUCAAGUUUCCACGCGUCCAGUGGUACCAGAAACCCAAAUACACCAGGAAAAUCGAGGGAAUCAACAAGGAACUGCUCAAGUUCUGUAGCAUUAAUCUACAGCUUCUUCAGUACAGGAACGACUUGACAUUGUCGGAGAAGGUAGACGGUAUAAGUAAGAGAAUGGAAGGCUUGAUUCUUCCUGCGCAGCCCGUUUUCAGGGAUCUUUGUUCGGUCCCCAAGCUUGAUAAGCUACUCGUUGGAUUGGAUUGGCCAUUGCUGGAGCUAAAGAAGAGACUCCUCGACAACGCCGUUGUCAAUCUUGUGGUGUCUGCUGCUCCCGGGUGCGGGAAGACCACUCUGGCUACUCAGCUUUGCCACGAUCCUGACGUCAAAGAGAAGUUCAAGCAUAUCUUCUUUAAUGUCGUGUCAAGUGCUCCUAACUUUAGGGUCAUAGUACAGAAUCUACUCCAGCACAACGGUUGCGCUCCACAAAUAUUUGACAACGAUUCUCAAGCAACCGUUGCCUUAAGAAAACUGCUGGAGAAACUCAGACAAGACGGUCCUAUAUUGUUGGUGUUGGAUGAUGUGUGGCUUGGAGCGGAGCCCUUUCUUCAGAAAUUUCUAAUUACCAUACCAGAUUAUAAGAUUUUGGUGACUUCUCGGUCUGACUUUCCGGGAUUUGGUUACAAUUAUCAUCUGAAACCUUUGGAAGAGGAAGACGCCAGAGCCCUUCUCAUUCAAUGGGCAUCUCGACCUUAUAACGCUUCUCCAGCUGAGUACGAAGAUCUUCUCCAUAAGAUACUGAAACGCUGCAAUGGAUUCCCAAUCGUAAUUGAAGUAGUCGGCGUUUCACUCAAAGGACGAUCUCUUAAUACAUGGAAAGGGCAGGUGGAAAGCUGGUCCCUAGGGGGAACAAUUCUUGACAAUCCCCAUCCUACUGUGCUAGAAUGUCUGGAGCCUAGCUUCAGUGCCCUGGAACCCAAUCUUAAGGAGUGUUUCUUGGACAUGGGCUCGUUUCUUGAGGACCAAAAGAUACGUGCUUCGGUAAUAAUUGACAUAUGGGCGGAACUAUACGGUAAAAGUAGCAGUUGCUUGUGCAUGAAGUACCUUGAAGACCUUGCCUCCCAGAAUCUGCUUAAACUUGUUCCUCUCGGCAAUGAGCACGAAGAGGGUUUCUACAAUGAGUUCUUAGUCACUCAACAUGAUAUCCUUAGGGAGUUGGCUAUCCAUCAAAGCGAAUUAAAGGAAAACUUGGAAAGAAAAAGACUAAAUUUGGAGAUUAGAGAAGAUGAAUUUCCAGACUGGUGUUUGUAUCCAAGUCACCCUACUAUUAAUGCCUCUCUUUUGUCUAUCACCACAGAUGAUUCUUUCUCAUCGAAUUGGGUUCAGAUGAAUUGUCCCAACGUUGAGGCUUUAAUUCUUAAUAUCUCUUCACCAAAAUAUGCACUACCAAGCUUCAUCGCUGGAAUGACGAAGCUAAAGGUUCUGACAAUCACAAAUCACGGUUUUUAUCCAACAAGAUUGAGCAAUUUCUCGUGUCUCAGCUCAUUACCAAACCUGAAACGGAUCAGACUGGAGAAAGUUUCAGUCACUUUGCUGGACAUCCUCCAAUUGCAACUCGUCAGUCUCAAAAAGCUGUCUUUGUUCAUGUGUAGCUUCGGUGAGGUUUUCUACGACAUUGAAGAAAUAGACGUCUGUAAAGCUCUUCCUAGGUUACAGGAGAUUGACAUAGACUAUUGCUACGAUCUUGAUGAGUUACCGUAUUGGGUCUGCGAGGUCGUUUCAUUGGAGACUCUUAGCAUCACGAACUGUAACAAGCUCUCUGCACUUCCGGAAGCUAUAGGCAACUUGAGUAAAUUACAGGUGUUGAGGCUGAGUUCUUGUAUCAAUCUCUCUGAGCUGCCUGAGACGAUAGAGAGAAUAAGCAACUUGAAGUUUCUGGAUAUUUCUCAUUGCUUAGGAUUGAGAAAGUUGCCCCUAGAGAUUGGGAAGCUGCAGAAGCUGAAGAAGAUCUCCAUGAGGAAGUGUUGGAGAUGCGAGUUGCCGGAUUCAGUGAGGAAACUAGAGAACCUGGAGGUGAAAUGCGAUGAAGAAACUGCACCCUUGUGGGAAAGGUUGAAGCCAAAAAUGAGAAACUUGAGAGUUGAAGAGGAGGAAACAGAGCACAACCUGAACUUGCUUCAAAUGUUUUAAGCUGCGACUUGCGAGUGAAAAGAACAUUUUCAUAGCGUGUGUAUGGAUUCUGUAAUGUCAUCCAAUGUAAAGUGGGAAACAAUGGUGUAUUUAUUAUUAAUAACACUAUACAAAAAUACACAUAUUUGCCAAUGAGAAAGCGUAGGCCAUUGUAUUAUAUAGUAAAGAUGACGAUUCAGAAUUCAAAUAGAUAUACU